AUGUCUCUCCUCAGCAGUCCUUGUGUCUGGGGGCUCAUUACACAACCAGUUUUUCUCUAUAGGUUUUUAUUCAUUGUUUCAUUCUUCCUCGAACCUCCUUUAUUGAAAACAUGUUCUUCAUACUUGUUUUUUUUUUUUUUUAAUUCUUUUUCUCAGUUACUUUAUUUUCCUUCUCUCACGUUAUUUAUUUACAGUUCUUUCACUCUUUUGUCAUUUUCUGUUUUGCUUACCUGUUUUUUUUUUAAUUUUUUCUUUGACAUUCAUUAUUUUAUCUUUCCUAUUCAUUCAUCCGUUAUUUAUUCAUUCUUCUCACUGACUGCCCGUUCUUUAUUUUCAUUUGUUAUUCUAUCCGUUCAUCAUUUCUUUUUUCUUUCUUUCCAUUUUUCUCCAAUCUUUCCCUCUUUUAUUAUUCACACAUUUCUUUCUAUCCAUUUCAUUAAAUACUAUUUUCUUUCUCUUCUUUUUUAUUUUUCCUCAUGGCUGUCUUUUGUUGUUUUCUUUCUUUAUUUCCGCCUGUUUUUUUAUUUUCUUUUUCUUCCCUGCUCUCCAGUUGCAUUGGUCCUUUCUUUCUUUCUAUUUACGGCUAGUAAAUCGCGAUAA